AUGCAGAGUUUGCAACCUGACCCCAAAGCCCAGUACCGAAGCGUCUUUGAAGCCUUGAGGAAGAUUGUCCGCACGGAAGGCAUCUGGCGGCCGCUGCGAGGAAUUAACGUCACCGUCCUCGGAGCCGGCCCGGCUCACGCGUUGUAUUUUGCCUGCUACGAAAAAAUGAAACGCACUUUAAGUGACAUUAUCCAACAUGGAGGCAACAGCCACCUGGCCAACGGUAUGGUGAAGCAGCGCAUGCAGAUGUACAAUUCUCCGCACAAGACAGUCACGGAUUGCAUCAGGACCGUGCAUCGGACGGAAGGCCUGGGUGCCUUUUACCGUAGCUACACCACCCAGCUCAGCAUGAACAUCCCUUUCCAAGCCAUCCACUUUAUCACCUACGAGUUCACGCAAGAGCAACUCAACCCCCAGCGACAAUACAACCCUUGCUCGCACAUCAUUUCGGGGGCCGUGGCGGGAGCAGUGGCGGCCGCUGCUACCACCCCCCUGGACGUUUGCAAGACCUUGCUCAACACUCAGGAGAACGUGGUGUUGAGUUCCGUGAACAUUAGCGGGCACCUCUCUGGCAUGGCCAACGCCUUUAGAACGGUCUAUCAACUGGGAGGGAUCCCCGGGUACUUUAAGGGAGUCCGAGCACGUGUGAUCUACCAGAUGCCUUCAACUGCCAUCGCCUGGUCCGUCUAUGAAUUUUUCAAGUACGUCCUUACCAAACGCCAGUUGAAGAAGGGCGCUCCUUGUUGACGGAUCACCCCUAGCAACUGCAGACAAAAUAUCUGAGGAAGCUGUUGGCCUCUCUCUCUCUCUGUAAACCUCACCAGGUUCUUGAUGGCCGUUUGUAAAAGAGAGCUGGUGGAUCCCUGACUGGAUUAUAUCUCUCUCU